CAUGAAAAUCCACACUGGAGAGAAGCUGCACAUGUGUGAUCAGUGCGGGAAGAGUUUCACACAGAAAAGAAACCUUAAUGAACACAUGAUAAUCCACACUGGAGAGAAGGCACACACAUGUGAUCAGUGCGGGAAGAGUUUCACACGAAAAGGAUACCUUAAGGAUCAUGUGAAAAUCCACACUGGAGAGGAACUGCACACAUGUGGUCAGUGCUGGAAGAGUUUCAUAUACAAACAAAGUCUUAAAGACCACAUGACCGUUCAUAAUGGAGAGAAGCCACACACAUGUGAUCAGUGCGGGAAAAGUUUCACACAAAAAAUAGACCUUACGGAUCACAUGAAAUUCCACACUGGAGAGCUGCUGCACACGUGUGGUCAUUGCGGGAAGAGUUUUGUACAAGCAGUCAGUCUUAAAUCACAUCUGCGUUCUCAUUCUGGAGAAAGACCAUUUAACUGUGAUCAGUGCGGUAAAACGUUUUUUUGGGCAGAAUCCCUGAAGAGGCACCUGAAUGUUCAUACACAGGAGAAGCCUCAUGUGUGUUCUUUGUGUGGAAAGAGUUUUUCACUACUGGAUAGUUUUAAAAUACACCAGAAACGACACAGUAGUUUAAAGAAUCACAUGUGCUUGGAUUGUUGGAAGUCCUUUUUUACAGAUGGUCAUCUGAGGAUGCACCAGAGAAUUCACACUGGAGAAAAACCUUACAAGUGUUCACAGUGUGACAAGAGGUUCAGUCAGUCAUCAAAUCUGAAAACACAUGAGAAGAUCCACACUGGAGAGAGACCACACAUGUGUGAUCAGUGUGGG